AUGGAGCGCAGAAGGAGGGCGCUGACAGGGGGGGAAAUGGCGUCAGUGGCAGCUGCAGAGGAGGGGAGUGCUGUUGAUGCUAUUGCGGCGCCUCGCCCUCACAGCCCCCCAGAGCAGCGGCGCCUCGCCCUCACAUCACCUAAGAGCAGCGGCGCCUCUCUCUCACAGCCCCCCAGAGAGCAGCGGCGCCUCUCCCUCACAGCCCCCCAGAGCAGCGGCGCCUCCUCCUCACAGCCCCCCAGAGAAGCGGCGCCUCCUCCUCACAUCCCCCCAGAGCAGCGGCGCCUCUCCCUCACAACCCCCCAGAGCAGCGGCGCCUCUCCCUCACAACCCCCCAGAGCAGCGGCGCCUCCUCCUCACAACCCCCCAGAGCAGCGGCGCCUUUUCCUAACAGCCCCCCAGAGCACCAGCGCCUCUCCCUCACAGCCCCCCAGAGCAGCGGCGCCUCUCCCUCACUCACAGCCCCCCAGAGCACCAGCGCCUCUCCCUCACAGCCCCCCAGAGCAGCGGCGCCUCUCCCUCACAGCCCCCCAGAGCAGCGGCGUCUCCUCCUCACAACCCCCCAGAGCAGCGGCGUCUCCUCCUCACAACCCCCCAAAGCAGGGGCGCCUCCUCCUCACAGCCCCCCAGAGCAGGGGCGCCUCUCUCUCACAGCCCCCCAGAGCAGCGGCGCCUCCUCCUCACAGCCCCCCAGAGCAGCGGCGCCUCGCCCUCACAUCACCUCAGAGCAGCGGCGCCUCUCCCUCACAGCCCCUCAGAGCAGCGGCGUCUCUCCCUCACAGGCCCCCAGAGCAGCGGCGCCUCGCCCUCACAGCCCCCCAGAGCAGCGGCGCCUCGCCCUCACAGCCCCCCAGAGCAGCGGCGCCCCGCCCUCACAACCCCCCCACCUCUCUGCGCCUGCGAAGGAAGCACUCAAGGAGCACCACCAGUGUGUGGCGACUUACAGAGUGGGGCGUUCCGUCAGCGGCGCCACUCUCUCAUAGCCCCCCAGAGCAUCGGCGCCUCCUCCUCACAGCCCCCCAGAGCAGGGGCGCCUCCUCCUCACAGCCCCCCAGAGCAGCGGCGCCUCCUCCUCACAGCCCCCCAGAGCAGCGGCGCCUCCUCCUCACAGCCCCCAAGAGCAGCGGCGCCUCCUCCUCACAGCCCCCCAGAGCAGCGGCGCCUCCUCCUCACAGCCCCCCAGAGCAGCGGCGCCUCCUCCUCACAGCCCCCCAGAGCAGCGGCGCCUCCUCCUCACAGCCCCCCAGAGCAGCGGCGCCUCUCUCUCACAACCCCCCAGAGCAGUGGCGCCUCCUCCUCACAACCCCCCAGAGCAGCGGCGCCUCCUCCUCACAGCCCCCCAGAGCAGCGGCGCGUCUCCCUCACAGCCCCCCAGAGCAGCGGCGCCUCCUCCUCACAACCCCCCAGAGCAGCGGCGCCUCCUCCUCACAGCCCCCCAGAGCAGGGGCGCCUCUCUUUCACAGCCCCCCAGAGAGCAGCGGCGCCUCCUCCUCACAGCCCCCCAGAGCAGCGGUGCCUCCUCCUCACAACCCCCCAGAGCAGCGGCGCCUCCUCCUCACAACCCCCAAGAGCAUCGGCGCCUCCUCCUCACAGCCCCCCAGAGCAGCGGCGCCUCCUCCUCACAGCCCCCCAGAGCAGCGGCGCCUCUCCCUCACAGCCCCCCGGAGCAGCGGCGCCUCUCCCUCACAGCCCCCCAGAGCAGCGGCACCUCCUCCUCACAAACCCCCCAGAGCAGCGGCGCCUCCUCCUCACAAACCCCCCAGAGCAGCGGCGCCUCCUCCUCACAACCCCCCAGAGCAGCGGCGCCUCUCUCUCACAGCCCCCCAGGGCAGCGGCGCCUCUCCCUCACAGCCCCCCAGAGCAGCGGCGCCUCCUCCUCACAGCCCCCCAGAGCAGCGGCGCCUCCUCCUCACAACCCCCCAGAGCAGCGGCGCCUCCUCCUCACAGCCCCCCAGAGCAGCGGCGCCUCUCUCUCACAGCCCCCCAGAGCAGCGGCGCCUCCUCCUCACAGCCCCCCAGAGCAGCGGCGCCUCCUCCUCACAGCCCCCCAGAGCAGCGGCGCCUCUCUCUCACAGCCCCCCAGAGCAGCGGCGCCUCCUCCUCACAGCCCCCCAGAGCAGCGGCGCCUCCUCCUCACAGCCCCCCAGAGCAGCGGCGCCUCCUCCUCACAGCCCCACAGAGCAGCGGCGCCUCCUCCUCACUGCCCCCCAGAGCAGCGGCGCCUCUCCCUCACAGCCUUCCAGAGCAGCGGCGCCUCCUCCUCACAGCCCCCCAGAGCAGCGGCGCCUCCUCCUCACAGCCCCCCAGAGCAGCGGCGCCUCUCCCUCACAGCCCCCCAGAGCAGCGGCGCCUCCUCCUCGCAGCCCCCCAGAGCAGCGGCGCCUCUCCCUCACAACCCCCCAGAGCAGCGGCGCCUCCUCCUCACAGCCCCCCAGAGCAGGGGCGCCUCUCUUUCACAGCCCCCCAGAGAGCAGCGGCGCCUCCUCCUCACAGCCCCCCAGAGCAGCGGUGCCUCCUCCUCACAACCCCCCAGAGCAGCGGCGCCUCCUCCUCACAACCCCCAAGAGCAGCGGCGCCUCCUCCUCACAGCCCCCCAGAGCAGCGGCGCCUCUCUCUCACAGCCCCCCAGAGCAGCGGCGCCGCUCCCUCAUAGCCCCCCAGAGCAGCGGCGCCUCCUCCUCACAGCCCCCCAGAGCAGCGGCGCCGCUCCCUCACAGCCCCCCAGAGCAGCGGCGCCUCCUCCUCACAGCCCCCCAGAGCAGCGGCGCCUCCUCCUCACAGCCCCCCAGAGCAGCGGCGCCUCCUCCUCACAACCCCCCAGAGCAGCGGCGCCUCCUCCUCACAGCCCCCCAGAGCAGCGGCGCCUCCUCCUCACAGCCCCCCAGAGCAGCGGCGCCGCUCCCUCACAGCCCCCCAGAGCAGCGGCGCCUCUCCCUCACAGCCCCCCAGAGCAGCGGCGCCUCCUCCUCACAGCCCCGCAGAGCAGCGGCGCCUCCUCCUCACAGCCCCCCAGAGCAGCGGCGCCUCCUCCUCACAGCCCCCCAGAGCAGCGGCGCCUCCUCCUCACAGCCCCCCAGAGCAGCGGCGCCGCUCCCUCACAGCCCCCCAGAGCAGCGGCGCCUCCUCCUCACAGCCCCCCAGAGCAGCGGCGCCGCUCCCUCACAGCCCCCCAGAGCAGCGGCGCCUCCUCCUCACAGCCCCCCAGAGCAGCGGCGCCGCUCCCUCACAGCCCCCCAGAGCAGCGGCGCCUCCUCCUCACAGCCCCCCAGAGCAGCGGCGCCUCCUCCUCACAGCCCCCCAGAGCAGCGGCGCCUCCUCCUCACAACCCCCCAGAGCAGCGGCGCCUCCUCCUCACAGCCCCCCAGAGCAGCGGCGCCUCCUCCUCACAGCCCCCCAGAGCAGCGGCGCCGCUCCCUCACAGCCCCCCAGAGCAGCGGCGCCUCUCCCUCACAGCCCCCCAGAGCAGCGGCGCCUCCUCCUCACAGCCCCCCAGAGCAGCGGCGCCUCCUCCUCACAGCCCCCCAGAGCAGCGGCGCCUCCUCCUCACAGCCCCCCAGAGCAGCGGCGCCUCCUCCUCACAGCCCCCCAGAGCAGCGGCGCCUCCUCCUCACAGCCCCCCAGAGCAGCGGCGCCGCUCCCUCACAGCCCCCCAGAGCAGCGGCGCCUCCUCCUCACUGCCCCCCAGAGCAGCGGCGCCUCUCCCUCACAGCCUUCCAGAGCAGCGGCGCCUCCUCCUCACAGCCCCCCAGAGCAGCGGCGCCUCUCUCUCACAGCCCCCCAGAGCAGCGGCGCCUCCUCCUCACAGCCCCCCAGAGCAGCGGCGCCUCCUCCUCACAACCCCCCAGAGCAGCGGCGCCUCCUCCUCACAGCCCCCCAGAGCAGCGGCGCCUCCUCCUCACAGCCCCCCAGAGCAGCGGCGCCGCUCCCUCACAGCCCCCCAGAGCAGCGGCGCCUCUCCCUCACAGCCCCCCAGAGCAGCGGCGCCUCCUCCUCACAGCCCCCCAGAGCAGCGGCGCCUCCUCCUCACAGCCCCCCAGAGCAGCGGCGCCUCCUCCUCACAGCCCCCCAGAGCAGCGGCGCCUCCUCCUCACAGCCCCCCAGAGCAGCGGCGCCGCUCCCUCACAGCCCCCCAGAGCAGCGGCGCCUCUCCCUCACAGCCCCCCAGAGCAGCGGCGCCUCCUCCUCACAACCCCCCAGAGCAGCGGCGCCUCCUCCUCACAGCCCCGCAGAGCAGCGGCGCCGCUCCCUCACAACCCCCCAGAGCAACGGCGCCUCUCCCUCACAGCCCCCCAGAGCAGCGGCACCUCCUCCUCACAAACCCCCCAGAGAAGCGGCGCCUCCUCCUCACAAACCCCCCAGAGCAGCGGCGCCUCCUCCUCACAACCCCCCAGAGCAGCGGCGCCUCUCUCUCACAGCCCCCCAGAGCAGCGGCGCCUCUCCCUCACAGCCCCCCAGAGCAGCGGCGCCUCCUCCUCACAGCCCCCCAGAGCAGCGGCGCCUCCUCCUCACAGCCCCCCAGAGCAGCGGCGCCUCUCUCUCACAGCCCCCCAGAGCAGCGGCGCCGCUCCCUCACAGCCCCCCAGAGCAGCGGCGCCUCCUCCUCACAGCCCCCCAGAGCAGCGGCGCCGCUCCCUCACAGCCCCCCAGAGCAGCGGCGCCUCCUCCUCACAGCCCCCCAGAGCAGCGGCGCCUCCUCCUCACAGCCCCCCAGAGCAGCGGCGCCUCCUCCUCACAACCCCCCAGAGCAGCGGCGCCGCUCCCUCACAGCCCCCCAGAGCAGCGGCGCCUCUCCCUCACAGCCCCCCAGAGCAGCGGCGCCUCCUCCUCACAGCCCCCCAGAGCAGCGGCGCCUCCUCCUCACAGCCCCCCAGAGCAGCGGCGCCUCCUCCUCACAGCCCCCCAGAGCAGCGGCGCCUCCUCCUCACAGCCCCCCAGAGCAGCGGCGCCUCCUCCUCACAGCCCCCCAGAGCAGCGGCGCCGCUCCCUCACAGCCCCCCAGAGCAGCGGCGCCUCUCCCUCACAGCCCCCCAGAGCAGCGGCGCCUCCUCCUCACAGCCCCGCAGAGCAGCGGCGCCUCCUCCUCACAGCCCCCCAGAGCAGCGGCGCCUCCUCCUCACAGCCCCCCAGAGCAGCGGCGCCUCCUCCUCACAGCCCCCCAGAGCAGCGGCGCCUCCUCCUCACAGCCCCCCAGAGCAGCGGCGCCGCUCCCUCACAGCCCCCCAGAGCAGCGGCGCCUCCUCCUCACAGCCCCCCAGAGCAGCGGCGCCGCUCCCUCACAGCCCCCCAGAGCAGCGGCGCCUCCUCCUCACAGCCCCCCAGAGCAGCGGCGCCUCCUCCUCACAGCCCCCCAGAGCAGCGGCGCCUCCUCCUCACAACCCCCCAGAGCAGCGGCGCCUCCUCCUCACAGCCCCCCAGAGCAGCGGCGCCUCCUCCUCACAGCCCCCCAGAGCAGCGGCGCCGCUCCCUCACAGCCCCCCAGAGCAGCGGCGCCUCUCCCUCACAGCCCCCCAGAGCAGCGGCGCCUCCUCCUCACAGCCCCCCAGAGCAGCGGCGCCUCCUCCUCACAGCCCCCCAGAGCAGCGGCGCCUCCUCCUCACAGCCCCCCAGAGCAGCGGCGCCUCCUCCUCACAGCCCCCCAGAGCAGCGGCGCCUCCUCCUCACAGCCCCCCAGAGCAGCGGCGCCGCUCCCUCACAGCCCCCCAGAGCAGCGGCGCCUCCUCCUCACUGCCCCCCAGAGCAGCGGCGCCUCUCCCUCACAGCCUUCCAGAGCAGCGGCGCCUCCUCCUCACAGCCCCCCAGAGCAGCGGCGCCUCUCUCUCACAGCCCCCCAGAGCAGCGGCGCCUCCUCCUCACAGCCCCCCAGAGCAGCGGCGCCUCCUCCUCACAACCCCCCAGAGCAGCGGCGCCUCCUCCUCACAGCCCCCCAGAGCAGCGGCGCCUCCUCCUCACAGCCCCCCAGAGCAGCGGCGCCGCUCCCUCACAGCCCCCCAGAGCAGCGGCGCCUCUCCCUCACAGCCCCCCAGAGCAGCGGCGCCUCCUCCUCACAGCCCCCCAGAGCAGCGGCGCCUCCUCCUCACAGCCCCCCAGAGCAGCGGCGCCUCCUCCUCACAGCCCCCCAGAGCAGCGGCGCCUCCUCCUCACAGCCCCCCAGAGCAGCGGCGCCGCUCCCUCACAGCCCCCCAGAGCAGCGGCGCCUCUCCCUCACAGCCCCCCAGAGCAGCGGCGCCUCUCCCUCACAGCCCCCCAGAGCAGCGGCGCCUCCUCCUCACAACCCCCCAGAGCAGCGGCGCCUCCUCCUCACAGCCCCGCAGAGCAGCGGCGCCGCUCCCUCACAACCCCCCAGAGCAACGGCGCCUCUCCCUCACAGCCCCCCAGAGCAGCGGCACCUCCUCCUCACAAACCCCCCAGAGCAGCGGCGCCUCCUCCUCACAAACCCCCCAGAGCAGCGGCGCCUCCUCCUCACAACCCCCCAGAGCAGCGGCGCCUCUCUCUCACAGCCCCCCAGAGCAGCGGCGCCUCUCCCUCACAGCCCCCCAGAGCAGCGGCGCCUCCUCCUCACAGCCCCCCAGAGCAGCGGCGCCUCCUCCUCACAGCCCCCCAGAGCAGCGGCGCCUCUCUCUCACAGCCCCCCAGAGCAGCGGCGCCGCUCCCUCACAGCCCCCCAGAGCAGCGGCGCCUCCUCCUCACAGCCCCCCAGAGCAGCGGCGCCGCUCCCUCACAGCCCCCCAGAGCAGCGGCGCCUCCUCCUCACAGCCCCCCAGAGCAGCGGCGCCUCCUCCUCACAGCCCCCCAGAGCAGCGGCGCCUCCUCCUCACAGCCCCCCAGAGCAGCGGCGCCGCUCCCUCACAGCCCCCCAGAGCAGCGGCGCCUCCUCCUCACUGCCCCCCAGAGCAGCGGCGCCUCUCCCUCACAGCCUUCCAGAGCAGCGGCGCCUCCUCCUCACAGCCCCCCAGAGCAGCGGCGCCUCUCUCUCACAGCCCCCCAGAGCAGCGGCGCCUCCUCCUCACAGCCCCCCAGAGCAGCGGCGCCUCCUCCUCACAACCCCCCAGAGCAGCGGCGCCUCCUCCUCACAGCCCCCCAGAGCAGCGGCGCCUCCUCCUCACAGCCCCCCAGAGCAGCGGCGCCGCUCCCUCACAGCCCCCCAGAGCAGCGGCGCCUCUCCCUCACAGCCCCCCAGAGCAGCGGCGCCUCCUCCUCACAGCCCCCCAGAGCAGCGGCGCCUCCUCCUCACAGCCCCCCAGAGCAGCGGCGCCUCCUCCUCACAGCCCCCCAGAGCAGCGGCGCCUCCUCCUCACAGCCCCCCAGAGCAGCGGCGCCGCUCCCUCACAGCCCCCCAGAGCAGCGGCGCCUCUCCCUCACAGCCCCCCAGAGCAGCGGCGCCUCUCCCUCACAGCCCCCCAGAGCAGCGGCGCCUCCUCCUCACAACCCCCCAGAGCAGCGGCGCCUCCUCCUCACAGCCCCGCAGAGCAGCGGCGCCGCUCCCUCACAACCCCCCAGAGCAACGGCGCCUCUCCCUCACAGCCCCCCAGAGCAGCGGCACCUCCUCCUCACAAACCCCCCAGAGCAGCGGCGCCUCCUCCUCACAAACCCCCCAGAGCAGCGGCGCCUCCUCCUCACAACCCCCCAGAGCAGCGGCGCCUCUCUCUCACAGCCCCCCAGAGCAGCGGCGCCUCUCCCUCACAGCCCCCCAGAGCAGCGGCGCCUCCUCCUCACAGCCCCCCAGAGCAGCGGCGCCUCCUCCUCACAGCCCCCCAGAGCAGCGGCGCCUCUCUCUCACAGCCCCCCAGAGCAGCGGCGCCGCUCCCUCACAGCCCCCCAGAGCAGCGGCGCCUCCUCCUCACAGCCCCCCAGAGCAGCGGCGCCGCUCCCUCACAGCCCCCCAGAGCAGCGGCGCCUCCUCCUCACUGCCCCCCAGAGCAGCGGCGCCUCUCCCUCACAGCCUUCCAGAGCAGCGGCGCCUCCUCCUCACAGCCCCCCAGAGCAGCGGCGCCUCUCUCUCACAGCCCCCCAGAGCAGCGGCGCCUCCUCCUCACAGCCCCCCAGAGCAGCGGCGCCUCCUCCUCACAACCCCCCAGAGCAGCGGCGCCUCCUCCUCACAGCCCCCCAGAGCAGCGGCGCCUCCUCCUCACAACCCCCCAGAGCAGCGGCGCCGCUCCCUCACAGCCCCCCAGAGCAGCGGCGCCUCUCCCUCACAGCCCCCCAGAGCAGCGGCGCCUCCUCCUCACAGCCCCCCAGAGCAGCGGCGCCUCCUCCUCACAGCCCCCCAGAGCAGCGGCGCCUCCUCCUCACAGCCCCCCAGAGCAGCGGCGCCUCCUCCUCACAGCCCCCCAGAGCAGCGGCGCCUCCUCCUCACAGCCCCCCAGAGCAGCGGCGCCGCUCCCUCACAGCCCCCCAGAGCAGCGGCGCCUCUCCCUCACAGCCCCCCAGAGCAGCGGCGCCUCCUCCUCACAGCCCCGCAGAGCAGCGGCGCCUCCUCCUCACAGCCCCCCAGAGCAGCGGCGCCUCCUCCUCACAGCCCCCCAGAGCAGCGGCGCCUCCUCCUCACAGCCCCCCAGAGCAGCGGCGCCUCCUCCUCACAGCCCCCCAGAGCAGCGGCGCCGCUCCCUCACAGCCCCCCAGAGCAGCGGCGCCUCCUCCUCACAGCCCCCCAGAGCAGCGGCGCCGCUCCCUCACAGCCCCCCAGAGCAGCGGCGCCUCCUCCUCACAGCCCCCCAGAGCAGCGGCGCCUCCUCCUCACAGCCCCCCAGAGCAGCGGCGCCUCCUCCUCACAACCCCCCAGAGCAGCGGCGCCUCCUCCUCACAGCCCCCCAGAGCAGCGGCGCCUCCUCCUCACAGCCCCCCAGAGCAGCGGCGCCGCUCCCUCACAGCCCCCCAGAGCAGCGGCGCCUCUCCCUCACAGCCCCCCAGAGCAGCGGCGCCUCCUCCUCACAGCCCCCCAGAGCAGCGGCGCCUCCUCCUCACAGCCCCCCAGAGCAGCGGCGCCUCCUCCUCACAGCCCCCCAGAGCAGCGGCGCCUCCUCCUCACAGCCCCCCAGAGCAGCGGCGCCUCCUCCUCACAACCCCCCAGAGCAGCGGCGCCGCUCCCUCACAGCCCCCCAGAGCAGCGGCGCCUCUCCCUCACAGCCCCCCAGAGCAGCGGCGCCUCCUCCUCACAGCCCCCCAGAGCAGCGGCGCCUCCUCCUCACAGCCCCCCAGAGCAGCGGCGCCUCCUCCUCACAGCCCCCCAGAGCAGCGGCGCCUCCUCCUCACAGCCCCCCAGAGCAGCGGCGCCUCCUCCUCACAGCCCCCCAGAGCAGCGGCGCCGCUCCCUCACAGCCCCCCAGAGCAGCGGCGCCUCUCCCUCACAGCCCCCCAGAGCAGCGGCGCCUCCUCCUCACAGCCCCGCAGAGCAGCGGCGCCUCCUCCUCACAGCCCCCCAGAGCAGCGGCGCCUCCUCCUCACAGCCCCCCAGAGCAGCGGCGCCUCCUCCUCACAGCCCCCCAGAGCAGCGGCGCCUCCUCCUCACAGCCCCCCAGAGCAGCGGCGCCGCUCCCUCACAGCCCCCCAGAGCAGCGGCGCCUCCUCCUCACAGCCCCCCAGAGCAGCGGCGCCGCUCCCUCACAGCCCCCCAGAGCAGCAACGCCUCCUCCUCACAGCCCCCCAGAGCAGCGGCGCCUCCUCCUCACAGCCCCCCAGAGCAGCGGCGCCUCCUCCUCACAACCCCCCAGAGCAGCGGCGCCUCCUCCUCACAGCCCCCCAGAGCAGCGGCGCCUCCUCCUCACAGCCCCCCAGAGCAGCGGCGCCGCUCCCUCACAGCCCCCCAGAGCAGCGGCGCCUCUCCCUCACAGCCCCCCAGAGCAGCGGCGCCUCCUCCUCACAGCCCCCCAGAGCAGCGGCGCCUCCUCCUCACAGCCCCCCAGAGCAGCGGCGCCUCCUCCUCACAGCCCCCCAGAGCAGCGGCGCCUCCUCCUCACAGCCCCCCAGAGCAGCGGCGCCUCCUCCUCACAGCCCCCCAGAGCAGCGGCGCCGCUCCCUCACAGCCCCCCAGAGCAGCGGCGCCUCCUCCUCACUGCCCCCCAGAGCAGCGGCGCCUCUCCCUCACAGCCUUCCAGAGCAGCGGCGCCUCCUCCUCACAGCCCCCCAGAGCAGCGGCGCCUCUCUCUCACAGCCCCCCAGAGCAGCGGCGCCUCCUCCUCACAGCCCCCCAGAGCAGCGGCGCCUCCUCCUCACAACCCCCCAGAGCAGCGGCGCCUCCUCCUCACAGCCCCCCAGAGCAGCGGCGCCUCCUCCUCACAGGCCCCCAGAGCAGCGGCACCGCUCCCUCACAGCCCCCCAGAGCAGCGGCGCCUCUCCCUCACAGCCCCCCAGAGCAGCGGCGCCUCCUCCUCACAGCCCCCCAGAGCAGCGGCGCCUCCUCCUCACAGCCCCCCAGAGCAGCGGCGCCUCCUCCUCACAGCCCCCCAGAGCAGCGGCGCCUCCUCCUCACAGCCCCCCAGAGCAGCGGCGCCGCUCCCUCACAGCCCCCCAGAGCAGCGGCGCCUCUCCCUCACAGCCCCCCAGAGCAGCGGCGCCUCUCCCUCACAGCCCCCCAGAGCAGCGGCGCCUCCUCCUCACAACCCCCCAGAGCAGCGGCGCCUCCUCCUCACAGCCCCGCAGAGCAGCGGCGCCGCUCCCUCACAACCCCCCAGAGCAACGGCGCCUCUCCCUCACAGCCCCCCAGAGCAGCGGCACCUCCUCCUCACAAACCCCCCAGAGCAGCGGCGCCUCCUCCUCACAAACCCCCCAGAGCAGCGGCGCCUCCUCCUCACAACCCCCCAGAGCAGCGGCGCCUCUCUCUCACAGCCCCCCAGAGCAGCGGCGCCUCUCCCUCACAGCCCCCCAGAGCAGCGGCGCCUCCUCCUCACAGCCCCCCAGAGCAGCGGCGCCUCCUCCUCACAGCCCCCCAGAGCAGCGGCGCCUCUCUCUCACAGCCCCCCAGAGCAGCGGCGCCGCUCCCUCACAGCCCCCCAGAGCAGCGGCGCCUCCUCCUCACAGCCCCCCAGAGCAGCGGCGCCGCUCCCUCACAGCCCCCCAGAGCAGCGGCGCCUCCUCCUCACAGCCCCCCAGAGCAGCGGCGCCUCCUCCUCACAGCCCCCCAGAGCAGCGGCGCCUCCUCCUCACAACCCCCCAGAGCAGCGGCGCCUCCUCCUCACAGCCCCCCAGAGCAGCGGCGCCUCCUCCUCACAGCCCCCCAGAGCAGCGGCGCCGCUCCCUCACAGCCCCCCAGAGCAGCGGCGCCUCUCCCUCACAGCCCCCCAGAGCAGCGGCGCCUCCUCCUCACAGCCCCCCAGAGCAGCGGCGCCUCCUCCUCACAGCCCCCCAGAGCAGCGGCGCCUCCUCCUCACAGCCCCCCAGAGCAGCGGCGCCUCCUCCUCACAGCCCCCCAGAGCAGCGGCGCCUCCUCCUCACAGCCCCCCAGAGCAGCGGCGCCGCUCCCUCACAGCCCCCCAGAGCAGCGGCGCCUCCUCCUCACAGCCCCCCAGAGCAGCGGCGCCGCUCCCUCACAGCCCCCCAGAGCAGCGGCGCCUCCUCCUCACAGCCCCCCAGAGCAGCGGCGCCUCCUCCUCACAGCCCCCCAGAGCAGCGGCGCCUCCUCCUCACAACCCCCCAGAGCAGCGGCGCCUCCUCCUCACAGCCCCCCAGAGCAGCGGCGCCUCCUCCUCACAGCCCCCCAGAGCAGCGGCGCCGCUCCCUCACAGCCCCCCAGAGCAGCGGCGCCUCUCCCUCACAGCCCCCCAGAGCAGCGGCGCCUCCUCCUCACAGCCCCCCAGAGCAGCGGCGCCUCCUCCUCACAGCCCCCCAGAGCAGCGGCGCCUCCUCCUCACAGCCCCCCAGAGCAGCGGCGCCUCCUCCUCACAGCCCCCCAGAGCAGCGGCGCCGCUCCCUCACAGCCCCCCAGAGCAGCGGCGCCUCCUCCUCACAACCCCCCAGAGCAACGGCUCCUCUCCCUCAUCUCCAUGCCAAGUGCCCAACAUGAGUGUGACUGAGCUGCACCAGCUGCUAAAACUACCCUCUCACUUGUUCCCCUGCGCCAUUCAUUCCCCCCUGUUCUCCCCAUCCCCAUGCCCAUUCCUCCCUCCGCCAGUGGAGAGGGAGGAGGAAGGGAAUCGGGGGGAGGAGGAGGGAGUUGGCAAACGGCGGGCAGCGGGUGGUGGUGGUGGAUAUGCGCACGGAGGAAGAGACAACGUGCCAAUGAUUUCUGAGUCGACUCAAAAGUCAAGGCGGGUGGUGGUGGUGGGUACUCGCACAGAGGAGGAAGCAGAGGUGACUUCUGAGUCAACUCAAAGGUCACCUCGGCGGGUGGUGCUGGUGGUACUCUUCCAAUUACGAGGUGGUGGCAGCUCGUAA